GGCGGCCGUUGCCAGGGUAACGGGAAGACUGCAAAGGUGUUCGGGAUCCCGAAGCGAAGAGAACCGGCGGUGGCGCCUUUUCCCUCGUUCGUGACCCAAAGCGAGAAUGGCCAGCAGCCCAGGAAGUCAUGCGUCUCUCUCCAGUCAGAAAUCUACAUUUUGGGAAUGUUCUCGAACAAAGAAAUUACAGGUCACUGAAGAGGAGCUAUUUUAUAUGAAUUGUAGAGCUGCCUAUCUAACUGUUUUUAAAAGCAGUUUAGAAAGUAUUAUGUCGAGAGAUCAACUUUGCAUAGCACUUCAGAAGGCAGGAAGAAACCCAUCCCAAAAGACAAUUGACAAGUAUUGGACUCCUCAAACUGCUAAGCUGAAUUUUGAUGAUUUUUGUGCAAUUUUAAAAAAGGAAAAACCUACUUCAAAAUCAGAACUGUUAAAAGCAUUUAAGAAAAUAGAUGUAAAUAAUGAUGGCUAUAUUUUACACACUGACCUUUAUAAAAUUCUUACAAAGAGAGGUGAGAAAAUGACACCAGAGGAAAUGAAUGCUAUAAUAAACUUGGCUGAUAUAAACGUUGAUGGCAAACUUGACUACAUUAAGUUUUGUAAAUUAUAUGUGACAACCAAUGAGCAGUGUCUCAAGACGGCACUAGAAAAACUGGAAAUUGAUAGUAAGAUGAGACUUCAGCAAUUAGGAAGCCAUCUGGAAGGAUCUCCUGAGAGUGGUGUAUCGCCAAUAUCAAAACCAUCCCCGAGAAUCCCAGAGAAUAUCGAUCAGGAAACUGUGCUCAGUAGAGGUGAUGGCCGGAAUUCUUCUCUACCAUUACCAGCUCGAAAGCACAAAACGUCUGUUUCUUUUAAUAUCAGCAUGGGUGGUAACAGCUGUAGAAGCCCAAAGCUACUUGAGCCAAAGUCAAUAAAGGAAUGGCAAUGUGCACAGUCCAAAGGCUGUUUCUUUUUGGAAGAAAAUGGCGAGAUUGUUAGUCAUCAAUACAAGGUCCACUUAGCCCAGAGGUCCACAGUUUAUCUUACUAUUAGACCGCUGAACCUGAGUCCAGAAGAAGGAUCGUUAUCUCAUUGGUUGUCAGUGGAUACUGCUUUGUAUCUUCUCAAGGAAAGUGAAGGUCAAGCGAAUCUACAGCUUGUGUGUUUUACCGAAUUGCGGAAUAGAGAAGUGUAUGGAUGGAGUGGUGAAUUGGGGUCAGGACUCUAUUAUUUAAUUCCUUUCACAACGGGCUGUUGGCUGAAGAAGGAAAAAAAGCAUGUGACAGAAGAAGCCAAGCUCGUGUGCCGAGGGGAAAAGGGGGAGCUAUUUCUUACCAAGAAAUUUCGAUCAGCUUUAUCAGACAUAUUUGAUAUAAUUGAUCUAGAUGGAAACGGUUUUCUUAGCCUUGAUGAAUAUAACUUUUUUGAACUGAGGACAAGUGGUGAGAAAUGCGACGAAGAUGCCUGGGCUAUCUGCAAAGAGAAUUUUGAUACGAAGAAGAAUGAGCUAACAAGGCAGGGAUUUAUGGAUCUCAAUCUGAUGGAAGCCAAUGAUCGAGAAGGAGAUCCUAGUGACCUCUGGGUGACUCUGCACUCGAUGGGCUACAACAAAGCCCUGGAAAUGGUGGAGGCGUGCCCUUUCAUCAUAGACCUCCACGCAGAGAAGUGCCGGCCCAGAAUCAAGGCUGUUCACCUGGGGUGGGGCGGCGCUCAUUUUGAGAAGGCCUUUUGCAAGUCUGUCAUUAGCAAAGGCGAUGCCAAAGCCAUGGACAGCCACGAGAAUGUCUUUCUACAUACCUACAAAAGUGAUUUCCGGAUAACAUCGGUCCUUGAAAAUAAGUCAGAAAAUAAAGUGAUUAUUCACGUCAACAACGAGCUGAGUAAAAACUGCGUAAAUAACAGAAGUCUCAGCAUUUUUGCCGUGGAGGUGGCACCGAAGUCUACAAUGAUUUGUCAGCACGUGAUGCCCCUGAAUGAGCGCCAAGAAUGGGUCUAUAAUUGUGUGUAUUCGCUGGUGUCCUGAAUGGCCUGCCUAGGCAGUGACUCCUCUUGAGAAGGCCCAACGAACCAGGGUGAUUCCAGGGUAAUUCUAUUCUCUGUUGACCAAGUGAGUGGCGAUGAGUAUCCACUGGGCUACAAACCCCCGCUCUGUGGCCCAAUCUCCCUUUUAGCUGUUGUAUAGUGUUGGUUCGAACAUAUGUAUGUGUGUGUGAUGCAGUUGGGUGUGUCGCAUUUCUCUCACUUAGAGAGUAGAUCCAAGGUGUAUUUUGCUUUUUUAAAAAUGAUAUAUCUUCUUCCCUAUUUGCAAUAACAUCACUUGUAACAAUUUGUAAUAACAUCAUUUGUGGCCUUUGCCACAGCAACAUUCAACGAUUUCAAUAAAAAUCACGGGUAUUUCGUUUUUCUUACUCAACUAGAGGAUGAGAAAUAGUGCUCUUGAAAUGUAAAUCUGUCAUUACACUAGACACUUAAAUCAUUUUCUAAUUAGAAAAGACAUUUAAAGAAAAAUUUGGCACACUUAUUUUUAUAUUAUAGUACUUAGAGAGAAAAAAGCAAUGAGAAUAUAAAACAUUGAAUUUCAAUAGAUUUACCAACCGUAAUUGCUGCCAACUUAUCUGUAGAUUUGUUUAAAUCUUGUAAAUAUGCAGACACUUAAAAUGUACUUCUACUUAAAAUAGGUAUUAAAUACAUUCACCCUAGUUUAAUAGGGUGGCACCAGUCCUUGAAAAACUAUAUUUAUCAACUAGCACAGCAGGACUCUCUUCCACAGUCUUCUGUAAUAAAAGACGAGGCCAGUAAAUGUCAGCUAGGAAAUAGGAAUCCCACUAUGGAACUCUGAUUAUUUUUACAUACGGUAUGUGCUGGCCCGUAGUUCUUGAAAGGGCAGUUAUUUGAUGUUUAUUACACAGUUUAGACAUCUGUAAAAUGGGUUAAGAAGUUCUUUAUCCUGACCUGGGAAUCAGGAGCCUUGGGUCUUUGUUCUGGCUCUAUAACUAGCUAGUUGGGUGGCCCCAGACAAAUCAGUUGACUUCUUUUGAGUUCUGUUUGUUUGUUUGUUUUGGGCAAUGGGGGCUAAGUGACUUGCCCAGGAUCACACAGCUAGUAAGUGUCAAAUGUCUGAGGCCGGCUUUGAACUCAGGUCCUCCUAAUCCAGGGCCAGUGCUUUAUCCACUGCACCACCUAGCUGCCCCCUAUUCCUAGCGUUUCUGAAGUGGCAAGAAAAUAUGGAAUGAGGUUUUUGUGGUUUAGGAGAAUGUUCUAGUCCUCACCUAUGUAAUCAACCAGAGAGCAGCACCAUCCACAAUUAAAGAAAAUGGUUGAAAUAAAAAUAAAGUACUGUAUUUUGUGAUUUUUUUUUAAAUCAAUAAAAAUUAAUUCAUCUCCUAAAAGAGG